CGACCAACAUCAGGUGUUUACAAUGCUGGCUAGCUAGCUAGCUAGCCUGUCUGUCUGUUAGUUUUGUGAAAUGAUCUGUUUGGUAGAAUGAAAGUGUGUCAAAUGUUUUAAAGCCUUAGAUUUUGAUAUACAGGUGUGGUGUUUGCGCUAACGUGUUUAAUAUUGCACUAUAGCUGCGUCAGCAGUCGUAUUCCUAAUUACAAUGUCCGUAACUACAAAAUUUCUCAAACUCGUGGUGGCCGUUGGUGUGUUGGUCUUAGUGAUCCAGUUCUUACAGUACUGGAUGACACAUAAGCGAUAUGUCUUUACAAAAGAGGAGGUUGCCAAAUUGGCCAAACAGUACGCAGGUCAGGAUCAUGAACAGGCUUUCUCUAAAGUGGUCGUGGAGUUGCGGAAGCGGUACCCAGGACACAUACUACCUGACGAGCACUUGCAGUGGGUGUUUGUGAAUGCGGGUGGAUGGAUGGGUUCCAUGUGCCUGCUCCAUGCCUCUCUCACAGAGUAUGUGCUGCUCUUUGGGACUGCGAUCGACACAAGCGGACACUCAGGGCGUUAUUGGGCAGAAAUAUCAGACACUAUAAUUUCUGGAACCUUCAGGCAGUGGAAAGAAGGAACAACUAAAAGUGAGACUUACUACCCAGGUGACACAAUUGUUCACACAGUGGGAGAGGCUACCUCAGUGCAAUGGAGUGCAGGGACCUGGAUGGUGGAGUAUGGCAGAGGGUUCAUUCCCUCCACACUGGGCUUUGCUCUGGCAGACACGGUCUUCAGCACACAGGAUUUCAUAACAUUGUACUACACUGUGUGUGUGUACAUCAAGGGGAUGCUACUGGAGGCCAAUACCUUCCUGACUGAAGCUGGAAUCUUCUGAAGAUUACUUUGUUCUCUAGUGCCAUACUGUAUUUUCCAAUGAGGCAUGUUGUCCUAAAUCAGAUUGAUAUGGCUGUGGUGGUGUUUUCUACAUGGACAGCUAAAAACUGUGAACUGCACUUUUACAAGGCACUCACCGUCAACCUGAUGAUGGAAUGUAACUCAUUUGAAUUAAAAAAAGUGUGGAAUGACUAAGUGUUGAAGGUAGAACAGUUUCAUGUGUUAGUCCCUUACUGUCUGCACCGUCAGGUGUGAAUAUUAUUAAUAGUUAUUAUAUCUACUGUUCCUUCAUGUUCCCUGGGAAAUACUUUACUUUCAAAUUGAUACUGAUUUGUUCUUCAAAAUAAAACUAGCUUGUACUGUUC